AGCUUUUUAAUCAUGAGUGGGCAAGAUAUGGCAAAUACUGGGCUCCAGAUUUUUGGUGUACUGCUGGCAUGUGUUGGAUUUGUGGGCAGCAUCAUCAUCUGUGCCCUGCCGAUGUGGAAAGUUUCUGCUUUCAUUGGAAACAACAUCGUGACAGCCCAAGUCUUCUGGGAAGGUCUGUGGAUGAACUGUGUGCAGCAGAGCACCGGACAGAUGCAGUGCCAGGUAUACGACUCCAUGCUGGCUCUGCCCCACAACCUGCAGGCCGCUCGAGCUCUGGUUGUCAUCUCCAUCCUGGUUGCCUUCUUGGGACUCCUGCUCGCUGUCAUCGGUGGAAAGUGCACCAACUGCAUCGAGGACGAAGAGGCCAAGAGCAAGAUAGCCAUCGCUGCAGGUGUGUUCUUCAUCGUUGCUGGCGUUCUGUGCCUCAUCCCCGUGUCCUGGUCUGCCAACGAGACCAUCAGAGACUUCUACAACCCCAUGCUGAUGGACUCACAGAAGAGGGAGCUGGGAGCAUCUCUGUUCAUCGGCUGGGGAGCAGCAGGACUCCUCAUCAUCGGCGGGGCUCUGCUUUGCUGCCAGUGUAAGAAGAACAAUGACGGUGGCUACGCUGUGAAGUAUUCUGCUCCCCGCUCAGCAGCCAACACUGGAGCCUACGUUUAACACCUGACRGCUCUCUGUGCUGCUUUUAGAAAACUGAAGGAAACUUMAACUCAUGAAUUUUAAUGUAAACUUUGUCUUCACUUAUUUGUUUUAAUAAAUAUUUUAUAAGUCUUAA